AUCCGGUUCUUCCGGGCGCUAGGGGAGCUGACGGAGAAGGCCACCGCCCAGCAGACGACUCGUCUCAGCCGGUGGAGUCGUGGUUCCCGCGGUGUGUGAGUGAGCCCGGGCCCGGUCCCCUCUCCCGCCGCCGCCAUGGGCUGCACGUUGAGCGCCGAGGACAAGGCGGCGGUGGAGCGGAGCAGGAUGAUUGACCGCAACUUGCGGGAGGACGGGGAGAAAGCGGCCAAAGAAGUGAAGCUGCUGCUGCUCGGUGCUGGAGAAUCUGGUAAAAGUACCAUUGUGAAACAGAUGAAAAUCAUUCAUGAGGAUGGCUAUUCAGAGGACGAAUGUAAACAGUACAAAGUGGUUGUCUACAGCAAUACUAUUCAGUCCAUCAUUGCGAUCAUAAGAGCCAUGGGACGGUUAAAGAUUGAUUUUGGGGAAGCUGCCAGAGCAGAUGAUGCCAGACAGUUAUUUGUCUUAGCUGGCAGUGCUGAAGAAGGAGUCAUGACUUCAGAACUCGCAGGCGUGAUUAAACGGCUAUGGCGAGAUGGUGGGGUGCAGGCUUGUUUCAGCAGAUCCAGAGAAUAUCAGCUCAAUGAUUCUGCCUCAUAUUACCUAAAUGAUUUGGAUAGAAUAUCCCAGACCAACUACAUUCCAACUCAACAAGAUGUUCUUCGGACAAGAGUGAAGACUACAGGCAUUGUGGAGACACACUUCACCUUCAAGGAGCUGUACUUCAAAAUGUUUGAUGUAGGCGGCCAAAGAUCAGAACGGAAAAUGUGGAUUCACUGUUUCGAGGGAGUGACAGCAAUUAUCUUCUGUGUGGCCCUCAGUGACUAUGACCUUGUUCUGGCCGAGGAUGAGGAAAUGAACCGGAUGCAUGAAAGCAUGAAACUGUUCGACAGCAUUUGUAACAACAAGUGGUUUACAGACACGUCAAUCAUCCUCUUUCUUAAUAAGAAAGACCUUUUUGAGGAAAAAAUAAAGAGGAGCCCAUUAACAAUCUGUUACCCAGAAUACACAGGCUCCAAUACAUACGAAGAGGCAGCUGCUUACAUUCAGUGCCAGUUCGAAGAUCUGAACCGAAGAAAAGAUACCAAGGAGAUCUACACUCACUUCACCUGUGCCACAGACACCAAAAAUGUGCAGUUUGUGUUUGAUGCUGUUACAGAUGUCAUCAUUAAAAACAACUUAAAGGAAUGUGGACUUUAUUGAGGAGACGGGAUCAGUGACAGUUACUGCAAUGAGGAGUGUUGAGAUCCGACACCACCUGCUGUCUCUUGGGUCAGCUGCAAGCAUGACGGGACCAGGGAAUGGCAGCAGCAUGCAGAAUCUUAGCACUCUUUAGCACAAUCUUCUGUAUUAGGGAAUGUUUAGUUGGCAUGAGGCGUUCGCGUCAGACAUUGGAAUUGGAACAGCUGUAAAGUGUGGCUGGCUCAUCGAGGCAUCGCUCGGAUUUUCUAAUCUCAAAUGUUUAGGGUGUGUUGACGUCAAGGUGCUGCAUUCCAGAACUUAAAUAUGUAGCUUACUUUUUUCCUUCUUAACAAAUCACCAGUAGUUAGUUUCUAAGAUUUUUCUCAUCAAGAGAAGAAAAACUAAAAAAAAAAAAAAAAAAAAAAAAAUCUUACUAGUUUGCAAAAGAAUCUUCUGAGAACUGUCUUAACUAUGCACAUGAUGUGACCAGACAUCUUGAAAAUAUUCCUCUUAGUAGGAGCUGUUUGUUUUUACCUCUUGGAACAGUCAGGCGUAAUAUUUCCAUAAUUAAAAUUUUUUUCCUGGUUAUCGGGACUACGUUACUACAGCUUUUCUGAAUGAAAUUCGUGUUGCCGUCAUGUUUAAAGUGCCAUGGUGGCUUCCAACCAGCAGUUAAAUUGGAAAGCUCUACAGUUUGCUCCUAGCACUCAUUUCUUAAGUUGUGGUUGAAAGUUAGCCUUGUUUAUGCUGGUUACCAAAUUUCUAGGUGAGUACUGACGUAAUAUGAUAUUAACUCCGCUUCUUGGAUACAGUCACACGCAGGAUAGCUGUCAGUUAGAGGUGCAGACUGCUAAAUUGAGAACCAAUGACUUGCUGCUACAGAUCUACUAAAGUGACCACUUGAUUCUUGCCUGUUUGUCUCCAUCAUGGAGAAUCUUGUAUGAGGUGCCCCUGUUUCCAUCUUCGUGGCCUUUUUUGUUGGGAGACAUCUAAGCUGUAUUAACAGUGCGUGCUUUUCCUGUGAAUGUGGUGCCAAACCCGUUUGCCGUUGUUUUUGCUGUAGCGGUGUUAAUUGUAGUGAUCCAUAGUCAGGCUGCUCUUUUUCUAAACUUGCCUUUGGGGGCUUUUUUCCACUUUGUCAUGUGUGCAGAUGUUAAUCUGUUACAGUUGGCAGCAGUAUUAAAAUGGUGAGUAAAGAGUCCAGGAUUACUCCUGCUUGUAACUAGUCCUUUCUGGAAACCGUCUUCUGUUUCCUUUUGCUCCUGCUGAGUAUGCUUUGGCCUUUGAGAGUGGGUUUCGGUAGAAUGGGGUCUCUGGAUUUGUGGUAGUGUUCUCAAAUCUAGGGCUGAGGGUGUGAUGUCCAGUCUGUGUACAAGGGUGUGAGUCAUAGUCCGGCUUCCUGGUGUACAUUCUUCUUGUGCUGAGAGUGACGGUCCUUUUGUACAGUGUAUAGCAACUGUCACUGAACACUGAGUGACCUCUGAGGUUGGCAAAGAGUGCAUUUGAGCAUUUCAGAUCAGUCGUUUGAGCAGUGCCUUUUGAGGGCCAGUCUUUUUAGAUUGGACCCGGUUCAUCUUUUGAUGACACCUCCUACUCAUUUAAAAGGUUGGUGGUCAGAACUGCUUCGGAGAGCAAGCCACAGUGACCAGUGCCUUUGCCAGCAGCUUUUAAAAUUUUUAAUUCUCACGGGGAAAUCAUUCUUGUGCAGACAGUAUAACUAUUAUCUGACAUGCAUUUCUUUAGGUCUAGGAAAAUAUUGUCUGAAAGAAAGGAAAGUAUUGAUUUUAAUCAGCAAUUGACCUAAUUCCCAAGUGUAGGGGUUCCUAAGUCCUACUCUGAACUUGUCUUUCCUUUGCUGUAUUCUGUAAUAUAAAAUAUCUGGGAACAAGAACUAGUGAAAUGUUGUUUUCAUGACUUUUCUAUACUUUGGGUUUAAUGAAAUGGUGUUGAUAAUUAAAAUAAUAGAUAAUCCAUGCUUAAUUUUACGUUAGAAUGCAUUUUGUAUUUUUCAUUUGAAUCUGUCUAUUUUUUAAACCUUUCUGUUAAUUAAAAAUAGAAGUUCUCCACUUCUUGGCCUCUA